CAAAAUGGCAGCCGCGUACUGCGCGUACCCGGGCGGCUGGACCUCCCUGACUCCCAGGCCACCCCCUUCUCACUCCCUGCCCCCCUCCUUCGGCCUUCACCUACAUGCCUCCGGAUUGGCCGCUAGGAAUCCCGCCCCUCCAGAGCCCCACCUGCUAUUGGUCACGAUCUUAUAAUCAAUGGAUAAAGUGGGAAAAAUGUGGAAUAACUUCAAAUACAAGUGUCAGAAUCUCUUCAGUCAUGAGGGAGGAAGCCGUAGUGAAGAUGUGGACAUGAACUCCAACAGAUGUUUGUCUAUCAAAGAGAAAAACACCAGUAUAGGUGAUUCAGCUCCUCAACAGCAAAGCAGUCCCUUAAGAGAAAAUGUUGCCUUACAACUGGGAUUAAGCCCUUCUAAGAAUUCUUCAAGGAGAAAUCAAAAUUGUGCUGCUGAAAUCCCUCAGAUUGUUGAAAUAAGCAUUGAAAAGGAUAAUGAUUCAUGUGUCACCACCCCAGGAACAAGACUUGCACGGAGAGACUCCUAUUCUCGACAUGCUCCAUGGGGUGGGAAGAAAAAACAUUCCUGUUCUACAAAGACACAGAGUUCAUUGGAUACUGAUAAAAAGUUUGGUAGAACUCGAAGUGGACUUCAAAGGAGAGAGAGGCGAUAUGGCGUGAGCUCUGUACAUGAUAUGGAUAGUGUUUCCAGCAGAACUGUAGGAAGUCGCUCUCUGAGACAAAGGUUGCAGGAUACUGUUGGGUUGUGUUUUCCCAUGAGAACUUACAGCAAGCAGUCAAAACCCCUCUUUUCAAAUAGAAGAAAAAUACAUCUUUCUGAAUUAAUGCUUGAGAAAUGCCCCUUUCCUGCUGGGUCAGAUUUAGCCCAAAAAUGGCAUUUGAUUAAACAGCAUACAGCUCCUGUAAGCCCGCAUUCAACAUUUUUUGAUACGUUUGAUCCAUCUUUGGUUUCUACUGAAGAUGAAGAAGACAGGCUUAGAGAGAGAAGACGGCUUAGUAUUGAAGAAGGGGUUGAUCCCCCUCCCAAUGCACAAAUACAUACAUUUGAAGCUACUGCACAGGUUAAUCCGUUAUAUAAACUGGGACCAAAGUUAGCUCCUGGAAUGACUGAAAUAAGUGGGGACAAUUCUGCAAUUCCACCAGCUAAUUGUGACUCUGAAGAGGACACAACUACGCUAUGUUUGCAGUCACGUAGGCAAAAGCAACGUCAGGUAUCUGGAGACAGCCAUGCCCAUGUUAGCAGGCAGGGAGCUUGGAAAGUGCAUACACAGAUUGAUUACAUACACUGCCUUGUGCCCGAUCUGCUUCAAAUUACAGGUAAUCCCUGUUACUGGGGAGUGAUGGACCGGUACGAAGCAGAAGCCCUUCUUGAAGGGAAACCCGAAGGCACAUUUUUGCUCAGGGACUCUGCGCAAGAGGACUACCUCUUCUCUGUGAGCUUCCGUCGCUACAACAGAUCCCUGCAUGCCCGAAUUGAACAGUGGAAUCACAACUUUAGUUUUGAUGCCCACGACCCAUGUGUGUUUCACUCCUCUACUGUAACAGGACUUUUGGAACAUUAUAAAGAUCCCAGUUCUUGCAUGUUUUUUGAACCAUUGCUUACUAUCUCACUAAAUAGAACUUUUCCUUUUAGCCUGCAGUAUAUCUGUCGUGCAGUCAUCUGCAGAUGCACUACAUAUGAUGGAAUCGAUGGGCUCCCUUUACCAUCCGUGUUACAGGAUUUUUUAAAAGAAUAUCAUUACAAACAAAAAGUUAGGGUUCGCUGGUUAGAACGAGAACCAGUCAAGGCAAAGUAAACUCUGCUGUCCUAGAUCUGCUUCUAUGUGCAUCAGACAGUACACCUAGAGCAAGCACACAUAUCAGUGUUAGGUUUUCCAGUACAGUAUGUAAGCUUAGUGUUAGCCUCUGUCAGAUGCAAUCUGCUGUUACUUACUCAGAUAAACAUGGUGCCUAUUGAAACAACAGAGAUAGAGCUACAGGUAUUCAGUAAGGCCUACAAAAAUGUUUUACCUAUUUAGCUAAAAGUUUGGUUUUUAAGAGCUGUUGUAAUUGAGUGAAGCAACUCUGGGGCAUUUGCUAUGAAGAAUUCUAUUUCUUACUGAAGAACAAAUUAUUGGAUGGUAUUUCAAUAGUGUGACUAAUGUUUGAAAUUAUUAUUUUUUCUAAGAAUUUUUCUAUAACCUUCCAAAAGUAGUGAUGUUUGUAGUUAUUGUAAUCAAGCUUCAACAGCCCAAAAAAUAAAGACUGCCUUCCUUUUAGGGGGAAAAAAAUAAAUGCAAUUUUCUGGCCACAAGGGCAUAGUGCAGUUCACUUAAAUGUUGACAUAGUUUAUAGUCAGUCUCCUUUUCUCUUCUGCAAAGGGUACUGUUAAGUAAACCAGGUUUUCUAAAUAGUUCUUAAAAUUUCAGGCUUAGUAGUAGAAUUUUAUUUAAAGGCCAUAAGUAUUAAUGAUUUUAAUGAGUGCUUUAACUUAAAACAGGCAUUUGGAACAGCUGCUGCAGUGUAGUCCUUGUGUGAGUCUUGUAAGUUGACAGGUGCAGUUGAAUGGAUUCAUUGAAGUUGGAGCUUUAGCUAUGGCCAUGAUGUGUUUGCAAACCAUGAAGAAAAUGAGACUAGAAGAUGCCCAGACAAGUCAGAUAGUAAUAACAACAGUGGUUUCUGAUGUUGAAAUUAUUGUGAAACUGUAAUUAAUUAUUUGGAUGACAGUAUUUAUCCCUUUGUUGUAAACUCUCAUAGCUGAAUUGCUUAAAUAUAAUUUAUAGAAUUUUAGUACAGUUAAGUUUUAAUAGAAAAUCUGAAAAUGAAAUUACAGAUUUAAAAGGUACUGUACAACCAUCAUAUCUGUAAAUAACUCUCCUUAGCACCUUUUUGUCACUUAGAAUAGUAUACAAUACUACUUGAGUGAGCUCUUUUGGAAGUAAUAUCAAGUUCUAGUGUUUGCUUCUUAGUAUUGAAUUGAAUUUACAGUUCUGUCCUAGACAUAUUGCACUAAAGUAGUGGACUCCAUUCUCGUGUCUUUUUGUUCAUGUGCUCUGUACCACUGGUGAGUGCUCCUUAGUUUCCUUACCUGCUGCUACAGAUUGUUAUUUUAUAUCCCUGUGGCUAUUGCCAAGGCUACAAACAAAAAGAAGAAAAAAGAAAAGCUAUAUUUGUAUGCAACACUAACCCUUGGACUGCUAGUGUAUGUUUCUGCUUGCUGUGCCUUGUUAUGGCUGCUUUUUUGUGCUAAUAAAGUAUGUUUGGUGUUCUUGUAUAUCUGCUGAUUUAUACAUUUGCAACAAUUUCUCUUACAAAUGGAAUGGUUUGGGGUUUUUGAAUAAGCAUCACCUGAUAACCUGCUAUAGUUAAUGCAGUCUAAUACUGACUUAUCAGAGAAAGCUAACUCUAAAUUUAAUGCCUCUACAUCAUCCCAAUCAUAAUCACGUAUACUGUGGAACAGUAUCUAUAGCUCCUGCAAAUUACUCUACAGUUUAGAUCUUAACAGAAAAAAUUAACAGUAAUAAUGACUAAACCUAUUGAUUUUUCUCCUUAUAAGUGAAAAAUUGAAACUAGCAAUGACAUGUACAUGAAUUAUGUAUAGCCUCCCCACUGCGUCAGAAACAGGAAAAUGAAGUUUGCGAACUAACACUAACACAUCAGCACCAUUUGUUGGUUUUGGGACCAUUUUAAUUGAUAAAUGCCCAAAAUAUGUAGAACUUUAACCAAAGACUUGUCCAUUUUAAAGCAAAAUGGGGAUUGAAGAGACUUACAAUUCCUGUUAAAUCUAAUAGGAGUCCCUGAGGAUUGUAUACCAAAGUGUGUGAGAACUUCAUCCAAACCUACUUUACAGCAUUAUGUGCAAUUAAGAUGUUAAGACAUAAUUUAAUUUUUUUUUUUGGCGUAAUUGUUUGUUUCGUUUUCUUGAGCUUAUUAUAAUAUGCCUGGAAAGUAAACCUCUUGAAAAAAUAAAACCAUGCAUAGUGAUUAUUGGAGAAGGACUAUAUAUAUGCAAGCAAGAUAGUGUUUUUUAAAGAGGUAACUUGAAACUCCAAGAAAGCACUUGAUGUUUUAUAUGCUUGUAACAAAUUGAUGUUCUAAUUGUAGUUUUAUAGAAAGUGUUAAUACUUCAUGUAUUUCAGAACUUUCCUAUGUUAAAUGGAAAUUGUUUUAAAUGUGUAAAUAUUUGAGUUUAUGUAAGCAUGUAUACACUGUGCUUAUCAGUCACUUAUGUUUUAGUUUGUGUGUAAUACUAAUAUGCAACUUUUGGUUAAAAAUUUCUUAAAAUAUUAAUGGCUUACAUUUUGAAAAGGAAAAAUCACCAGCAUGAAAUUGCA